UAGACUAAGAAUCAGAACAACAAAAGAGAGAUCUCCUACACAGACAAAGAGUCUGGACCCCAAACAGGAAGGAAAAAAAAAAAUCUCCUAGCCCCAAAAUCAGCAACACCGGAAGCGGAGGUGGCAAGGAAGUGGAGGCAUGUGAACUCCACACGCUGGCGCGUGAAGACUAGCAAGUAGAGCAAGAGGCAGCAACGGGGUGUGGGGAGGCUGAAGACAAUGAUGGAGAUCGAGGCGCGUUGGCUGGCAGGGCUGCAGGAAGGAGGCAAAUCAAGCUUCAAAGAAGCCAAAACUGAGACCCAUUACAUAUCCAAACGGAGGAGGCGUCCCGACGGCUUGGGAGAGGAAGCGGUAGGGCAUCGAUGAAGGGGCUGAGGUUGGGAUUUUUGGGGGAGAUUGGAUAAAUCGCAUAAGGCAAUGGAUAAUACCUCAUAAGAGGCAGAGAAAACUAGCUAUGAGAGGAAAAGCAUGAUGAGAAAAGGAAAAGGAAAAGGAAUAAGAGGGGUUUGUAUAAUUUCAUGAAAAGUUUGUAACCCUAGCAGAGCGCUUCAAUAAUUUCAUGAUGGCAACUGCAAUGGAGGGAGCUGAAAGCAACCUAAUUGUUGAUUAUACACUGAAGCUCUUGGGGCUCGAUAUAUGUAAGGAUACACUUGUUGGAGACGAGAUGAAGCGAGGAAUUUCUGGUGGACAAAAGAAGCGAGUAACAACAGGGGAGAUGAUUGUGGGACCAACAAAAACUCUUUUCAUGGAUGAGAUAUCAACUGGUCUCGACAGUUCCACCACAUUUCAAAUUGUGAAGUGCAUGCAGCAGAUUGCGCACCUCACGGAGGCAACAAUCUUGAUGUCCCUACUCCAGCCUGAUCCUGAGACGUUUGAUCUCUUUGACGACAUCAUCCUCCUAUCAGAGGGCCAGAUCGUCUAUCAGGGACCCAGAGAGCAUGUUCUUGAAUUCUUUGAGAGCUGUGGGUUCAAGUGCCCUGAAAGGAAGGGCACUGCUGACUUUUUGCAAGAGGUUACAUCAAAGAAGGAUCAAGAGCAGUACUGGGCAGAUAGGAGCAAGCCCUACUGCUACAUAUCUGUCACUGAAUUCGCAAUGCGGUUUAAGGCUUUCCAUGUUGGCUUACAGCUUGAGAAUGAGCUCUUCAUCCCCUAUGACAAGUCACAAAGCCUUGAAUCAGCUCUUGCUUUCUCAAAAUACUCUAUCCCAAAAAUGCAGCUCCUCAAAGCCUCUAUGGAUAUUGAAUGGCUCUUGAUCAAGAGGACUGCGCCUAUUUACAUAUUCAAGACUGUCCAGAUUAUAAUUGUGGCAAUCAUCGCAUCAACCAUGUUCUUGAGGACAACACUAGAUAUCACGUACGAUGAUGGGUCUCUAUACGUUGGUGCAAUUAUAUUUUCCAUGAUUGUCAAUAUGUUCAAUGGUUUUGCUGAGCUCUCUAUAGCUGUCAUGAGGCUUCCUGUGUUUUACAAGCAUAGGGAUCUCCUAUUUUACCCUGCAUGGGCCUUCACCAUACCAAAUUUCUUGCUUCGUGUUCCCAUUUCAGUUUUGGAGUCUAUAGCUUGGACAGCUGUGACAUAUUAUUCAAUUGGAUAUGCACCAGAAGCUAGCAGGUUUUUCAAGCAACUGCUAUUGGUAUUUCUGAUCCAACAAAUGGCUGCUGGGCUAUUUAGGCUCAUGGCUGGAGUAUGUAGGACUAUGAUCAUUGCCCAUACCGGGGGAGCACUUUCUCUGCUCCUCUUGUUCCUCCUUGGAGGGUUCAUCCUUCCGAAAGGACAAAUUCCUGUAUGGUGGUCAUGGGGUCACUGGGUUUCACCUCUAUCAUAUGGUUUCAAUGCCUUGACUGUCAAUGAGAUGCUUUCCCCAAGGUGGAUGCACAAAAUGGCAUCAAGCAAUAUGACAAUGUUGGGUGUGGCAGUAUUGCAGAAAUUUGAUGUUCCCCAGUACAAAUACUGGUAUUGGAUUGGGGCCGCAGCUCUUUUGGGGUUCACGGUUCUUUUCAACGUCCUAUUUACCUUAUCGCUCAUGUACCUAAACCCUCUUGGAGAGCCCCAUGCAGUAAUUUCUGAAGAAUUGGCAAAUGAGCAAUCCAACCAGGGAAUACAAACAGUCAAACCUAAGAGUUCGACCAACGAAAAUAAUAAUAUGAUAGAUGAGGUUGUUCCAAAGAGAGGGAUGGUUCUUCCAUUUACACCUCUAGCAAUGUCCUUUGACAGUGUAAACUACUACGUGCACAUGCCCUCAGAAAUGAAGGAUCAAGGAGUGACCGAGGAUAAGCUACAGCUGCUUCAAGAAGUGACUGGAGCAUUCAGGCCUGGAGUCCUGACAGCUUUGAUGGGAGUGAGUGGGGCUGGGAAGACGACAUUGAUGGAUGUUCUAGCGGGACGAAAAACUGGGGGUUACAUUGAAGGUGAUAUAAGAAUUUCUGGGUUUCCCAAGAAGCAAGAAACAUUUGCCAGAACUUCUGGUUACUGUGAGCAGACUGAUAUUCACUCCCCUCAAGUCACAGUUAGAGAGUCCUUGAUCUACUCAGCUUUCCUACGACUCCCUCAAGAAGUCAGCAAUAAAGAAAAAAUUGUUUUUGUGGAUGAAUUGAUGGAGCUAGUAGAGCUCAACAAUCUUAAAAAUACUAUUGUGGGGCUUCCAGGAAUCUCGGGUUUGUCCACAGAACAAAGGAAGAGGUUGACAAUAGCAGUGGAGCUUGUUGCUAAUCCUUCAAUCAUAUUUAUGGAUGAACCAACUUCAGGGCUUGAUGCGAGGGCAGCAGCCAUAGUUAUGAGGACUGUGAGGAAUACAGUUGACACUGGAAGAACAGUUGUCUGUACAAUUCAUCAGCCUAGUAUUGAUAUCUUUGAAGCCUUUGAUGAGCUGCUACUGAUGAAGAGAGGGGGACAAGUCAUCUACUCAGGACCAUUGGGUCGGAAUUCUUGCAAAGUCAUUGAAUAUUUUGAGGCAGUUCCUGGAGUCAAUAAAAUUAGAGAGAAACAAAACCCAGCAGCAUGGAUGCUAGAAGCAAGCUCGGUUGCAUCUGAAGUCCGACUUGGAAUUGAUUUUUAUGAGCACUACAAAUCGUCAUCCUUGUAUCAACAAACCAAGGCUCUAGUAAAAGUGCUGGAGACUCCAUCGGAAGGGUCAAAAGAUCUCUUUUUUCCCACUCAGUACUCUCAGUCCACAUGGGGCCAAUUCAAAUCCUGCCUAUGGAAGCAGUGGUGGACUUAUUGGAGAAGUCCUGACUAUAACCUCGUUCGGUACUUCUUCACAUUGGCAGCUGCCCUUGUGCUUGGCACAAUUUUCUGGCAAGUUGGCACAAAAAGGGAGAAUGAAAGUGAUCUCACCAUGAUCAUUGGAGCCAUGUAUGUUGCUGUCCUAUUUGUUGGAAUUAACAACUGCUCAACCGUGCAACCACUUGUAGCUGUUGAAAGAACAGUGUUCUAUCGAGAAAAAGCAGCUGGGAUGUACUCAGCUUUACCAUAUGCCAUGGCACAGGUUAUUGUUGAAAUACCAUAUAUUUUCGUCCAAACUACUUAUUAUUCACUAACAGUGUAUGCAAUGGUGAGCUUUCAAUGGACAGCAGUGAAGUUCUUGUGGUUCUUCUUCAUCACCUUCUUCUCCUUCCUCUAUUUCACUUACUACGGAAUGAUGACGGUUUCAAUCACGCCAAAUCACCAAGCAGCUGCUAUUUUUGCAUCAGCAUUUUAUGCACUCUUCACUCUUUUCUCUGGCUUUUUUAUCCCCAAACCAAGAAUUCCCAAUUGGUGGACAUGGUACUACUAUCUCUGCCCAGUGGCAUGGACAGUUUAUGGACUAAUUGUGACACAGUAUGGUGACAUUGAGGACACUAUCAAAGUGCCUGGAAUCGUGCCUGAUCCAAGCAUCAAGUGGUAUGUGGAAAACCAUUUCGGGUACAACUUGAACUUCAUGGGGCCAACUGCUGCAAUUUUAGUCAUGUUUGCAGCCUUUUUCGCCCUCAUGUUUGCAGUCUGCAUCAAGAGAUUGAACUUCCAAAACAGGUAGUUCAGGUGUACGCUUAGAAUAUGAUCAUUUGGAUAGCCAUUUUUUGUCACUAUGAUUUGUUUUAAGUAUGUAAAUCACAUAAGAGUGGCCAUAUGCACUAUGCAGAGGAAAG